ACGCUUCCAGCAUUAAGUACGGAACAGGCAGAGACCGACUUCCUUAUGGAAGCUGUAAUAAUUAGUAAGUUUAUGCAUAAAAACGUCGUGAAAUGUUUGGGUGUAUGUUUUGAGGAGCAUCCACGAUAUAUAAUCUUGGAGCUUCUGGAUGGUGGAGAUCUCAGAACAUUCCUCAGGGAUUCUAGGACAAAAGGGGACCAAAAAUGUACUUUAACUAUGGAGGAAUUGUUGAAACUCGCUUUAGAUAUUGCAAAUGGGUGUCGUCAUUUGGAGGAGAAACAUUUUGUUCAUAGAGAUAUUGCUGCUAGAAACUGUUUACUUACAACACGGGGACCAGAGCGUAUUGCAAAAAUUGCUGAUUUCGGCAUGUCCAGAGAUAUUUAUAGUGCCGAUUAUUAUCGAAAGGAUGGUAAAGCUUUGUUACCAGUAAAAUGGAUGCCCCCAGAAGCCUUCCUUGAUGGUGUUUUCACCAGUAAAACUGACACUUGGGCAUACGGCGUUCUCUUAUGGGAAAUAUUUACACUUGGUUACAUGCCAUAUCCUGGACAGACGAACAGUGACGUCAUGCAUUAUGUUGCUUCCGGUGGUCGCUUAGAUCCUCCAGAAAAGUGUCCGGCUAGGUU